AUACUUUUGGUUUUUUAUACAAAACAAUUUAAUGUCUUCAAUUCUGAAAGUUUUCGCUUUUUUUUGGUCUUCUUCGUGGCAUUUGGGAUGUCAAAUCCGGUGCCAAAAAUCAACGAGGAAGUUUUUAUUGACGGAACUCCGCUUUCACCUGCCUGUCCCUUGUGCACUCACAAAAUGAGAGGAACACCACUCCCAACUGACGCAAUUGUAAAAUUCGGAACUCCUCUUCCAACAGAUGCAGCUAAUUUUGGACCCGAUGGCACUCCACUCCCAACUGAUGAAACUUUCUGAACAUUAAUUAUAUAAUUUUUUAUAAAAAAAAAUUUGAAUAAUCCAU